GAAAGAGCCUGUUGGUUCUGGACCAUCAUGGUCCUGUGGUUCUGCUGCAAUGACAGAAAAAACGCACCUGCUGAGGAAGAACAGUAAGGGGCAGGACUAUAGCCUCCUCCUCCUGCUCACUUUGGGGCAGACCUUUGGGCUUUACUUCCUGUGUGGUACUCUGUGUCUCCUUUUGCAUGACGCCUUCAUGUUCGCUGUGCCGCAAGUUCUCAGCUUGCUGCUGGGUUUCAUGAGGGACAAAAACGCUGAGAUGUGGAAAGGUUUCCUGUUUGCUUCGUUGCUUUUCCUGCUGUCCUGUCUGCAGUCUGUCCUCCAUCAUCAAUACAUGUUCCACUGCUUCACUGUCGGGAUGAGACUGAAGACAGCUGUCAUGGGCCUUGUCUACAGGAAGUGUCUAUUGAUCAGCAGCGCAGCCCGGCAGCAGUGUACUUUCGGAGAAAUCAUCAAUUUGGUUUCAGCCGAUACACAGAAGCUGAUGGACUUUGUGGUUUAUUUCAACUGUAUUUGGGUCACACCCAUUGAGAUCACACUCUGCUUCUACUUCCUGUGGCAGCUCCUUGGUCCACCUGCUCUUGCUGGUAUUGCUGCUGUUGUUCUAAUCUUCCCUCUCAAUGGAUUCAUCGCUAAAGUGAGGAGCAGACUGCAGGAAGUUCAGAUGAACUUCAUGGAUGGUCGGAUCAAACUGAUGAACGAGAUCCUGAGUGGUGUGAAGAUCCUCAAAUUUUACGCCUGGGAAGAAGCAUUCCUCAGAAGAGUCAGUGUCCUGAGAGAUGGAGAACUCCACGCCCUAAAGAAGUCUCAGAUCCUGUACUCUGUCUCUCUGGCUUCCUUCAACUCCUCCUCCUUCCUGAUUGCCUUGUCAGUGUUUGGAGUCUAUGUGUUGACUGAUGAACGGAACGUUCUGGAUGCUCAGAAAAUCUUUGUUUCUGUCGCUCUCAUCAACAUCCUGAAAACUCCUUUAAGUCAGCUUCCCUUUGCCAUGAGCACCACAAUGCAAGGAUGGCUAUGUUUGGUACGACACUCGCCAUCGCGCUUGGUGGUAUCGUUGCGUCGCAUCACCUUCAUGCUGGUCUUCUCCUCAGUGUCUUGCACUCACCCAUGUCCUUCUUCGAGGUGACACCCAGCGGAAACCUCCUGAACCGCUUCUCCAAAGAGAUUGACGCCAUCGACUGCAUGAUUCCUGAUGGGCUGAAGAUGAUGCUGGGCUACCUGUUCAAGCUGUUGGAGGUCUGCAUCAUUUUGUUGUUGGCCACGCCCUUCACAGGGCUGGUGCUCCUCCCCCUCACUUGUGUCUACAUUUUCAUACAGAGUUUCUAUGUGGCCUCGUCGUGUCAGCUACGACGACUGGAAGCAGUCAGUCGCUCGCCGAUCUACAGCCACUUUAAUGAGACCAUGCAGGGCACUAGCGUCAUCCGAGCCUUUGGUGAACAGCGCGGCUUUGUCCUGCAGGCCGACCGUCGCAUUGACAAAAACCAGGAAGCUUAUUUUCCUCGCUUUGUCGCCACCAGAUGGCUGGCAGUGAAUCUGGAGUUUUUGGGGAAUCUGUUGGUUUUGGCUGCAGCCAUCUUAUCAGUGCGAGGUCGGAAUGAACUCACUCCGGGCAUUGUGGGAUUGGCAGUGUCACAUUCUCUCCAGGUGACAGGAAUCCUGAGCUGGAUUGUCCGAUCAUGGACUGAUGUGGAGAACAACAUUGUGUCAGUGGAAAGAGUCAAAGAGUAUGACAACACACCAAAAGAGGCAGCGUGGACCCUCGAGGGCAGCUUGUUGCCAUCAGCCUGGCCGACCUCUGGAAACAUCCAGUUUGAAGACUACGGACUGCAGUACCGUAAAGGUUUGGACUGGGCUUUAAACAACAUCUCCAUUGACAUCCAGGACAGGGAAAAGGUGGGGAUUGUUGGAAGGACGGGAGCUGGGAAGUCUUCUCUGGCUUUGGGAAUUUUUCGGAUUCUGGAGGCAGCAAAGGGACAAAUCUUUAUUGACGGGAUCAACAUUGCUCAGAUCGGCCUUCAUGAUCUUCGCUCCAGAAUCACCAUUAUCCCUCAGGACCCAGUGUUGUUUUCUGGUUCUCUGAGGAUGAACCUAGACCCUUUUGAUACCUGUUCAGAUGAGGAUCUGUGGAAAGCUCUGGAACUGGCUCAUCUCAGCAGCUUCGUGUUGGCACUGCCACAGAAACUGAACCAUCAGUGCUGUGAAGGAGGAGAGAACCUCAGUCUUGGUCAGAGGCAGCUGCUGUGUUUGGCCAGAGCUCUAUUGAGGAAGACAAGGAUCUUGGUUUUGGAUGAAGCCACAGCAGCCGUGGACCUGAAGACGGACCAGCUGAUCCAGUCAACCAUUCGCGCUCAGUUUGAUGACUGUACAGUCCUAACCAUCGCUCACCGCCUCAACACCAUCAUGGACUACACCAGGGUAAUAGUGAUGGACUGCGGCAGCAUUGCAGAGAUGGACUCCCCCUCUCAGCUCAUACGCAAUCAGGGUAAAUUCUAUCAGAUGUGCCUUGAGGCUGGUUUGGCUUGAUAUCAUUUUUUGUUUGACUUUUUCCCAAUACAUUUUGAAAAUGUCAAGGAAAUGUGUUUUAAAUUUUAAGUAAAUUGUUAUUUUUAUUGUGGCAUGUGGUUUAACAGGAAAUUAAUUAUACCAUAAACUCAACCUGCCUAUAUUUAGACAAGCCUCUAAUUUCUGUAAAUUAUGAGUUAUUCUUUUGAUUGUUUAUUAAUGUAAAAUGAAAUGAAGGAUGGAAUUGUGAUACUGAUAACUGAUAUUGAAAAUAAAUUACAUUUGUAUAGAUCUAAGCAGGAGCCUCUAAUUGAGAACUGCAUUUAUUUAUACUAACUUUGUAGCCAUACCAGGCUAGUAAAGGAGAUCUGCAUCUGAUUGGUACCCUGA